GCGAUGGCGGAGGGGCGGAGCGCCGUGCGGAGCAGCGUGCGGGCGCUGAAGUCGCGUCUGAGCCGGGCGGAGGAGCCUGCGGAGAUUCUAAAAGUACUUGAGCUACUACAGGAUUUGGAUAUAUCACUGGAUAUUCUAACAGAAACUGGCAUAGGCAAAACAGUUAACAGUUUGAGGAAACAUGCCACUGCUGGAAAUGUAGCUAAAUCCCUGGUAAAGAAAUGGAAAAAGCUCAUUCCUCCAGAAAACAAAAGUGGUCACAGAGAAAGAAAACAGAAUAUUGAAAAAGAUAAGACAAAAUCUUCAGUUUCCAAGGAAGGAAAGCCUUCAGAGAAGUCCAAAACAUCUGUACCAGCCUCCCAAAGUUCCAAUAGCUCGUCCGUAUCUAGAAAGUUGAACAAGCAGCGUAACUGUAUUGAAAAAAAGCACCAAAAUAGAGACUCUGAGUCUCAAAAAGACCGUGAUAACAGAACAGGUCAUGGCAGUGGUUCUAAGCAUGCUUCCCAGGAGACAAGUUCUCAAGCUAAAGAAAGUGACUGUAAAAAGAGAGCCUCCGAGGACAACAAGAGAGCUCCGGAAAAGCGCCGUUCCUGUACAGCUGGUGAAGACUCCUUCCCAAAGAAGGAGAAGCCUAAGGAUGCUUCCAAACAGAGAGAUCCUAAGAUUGUGACGAAAUUGAAAGAAAAACUUGCUGUGAGAAGCAAAGCCGAAUUAUCUGGUGAUGAAGAAUUUGAGCCCCCUACUAUGUCUUUUGAAUCUUACCUGAAUUAUGAUCAGGUUCCAAAAAAGAGAAAGAGGAAAGCUUGUUCUACAAGUGAAUGUCCAGGGAAGUGCAGUGAACAGAAGAGCAGCUCAUUACCACAAAAGACUUCAACGUUUUCUCAUGCAAAUGAGGGGGGAGGAAAAGUACAGAACUCUGAAGAUGAUCAGUCAGGAACUCCCAGCAAAAAGGCCAAGGUGGCGUCUCUCCAAGAUCUUCUUAAUACUCCACUGCCUAAACUUCUGCCAGGCAUCUUAACCUCCUCUCCCCCAUAUGCUGCUGACUUUAAAGAGCCUGUUGUGGAAGCACACCAGCAAGUCGGUGAGAUAGUUCAAUUCACAGGACGGAGACUGAACUCCAAGAUGCAAGUCUACUCUGGCUCUAAACCAGUCUGUCUUUCAAAGAUGCUUACACUGUAUGAGCUGUGCAUCCGUGUGCUUCAAAAUAAUAUUGAUUUGCUGCAUGAAGUAGGAGGUGUUCCCUUUGAGAUCCUCGAGCCUGUGCUAACACGUUGCACACCAGAGCAGUUGUUUCGAGUAGAGGAAUGUAAUCCGACGUUUACAGAAGAGUCUGACCACUUAUGGAAGAAACACUGCCAGAGGGAUUUUAAAAAUGAGAGCCUCCUGGAAUAUGAGUGUUGGCGGGAAAUGUACUUGAGACUUUUCAAUGAAAGAGAAGAAAAGCUGAAGAUGCUUACAAAAAACAUUCUUUCAGCUCAGUCUGAGAAACCAAAAGGCCGGCAAGUAAAGAUGGCUUAUGUGACCAGUGCAGCAAAGCCACCCAGAAGCAUUCGCCGACAACAGGGAAUCCAUGGAACAGCAGGAUCUGUCACCCAACUUCACCUCACAGAUAAGUGGAAAAAAAGGUCUUCAGAAGGCAGAGAUGGAAACAACAAUUCAUCAAAUCUGAACUCUGCUAGCAGCAGUGGAAGCUCUAGCUCAAAUGGAAUGACUCAAGAUGGAAAGAAGCCUAUUAAAAAAAUUGCACCAAUCAUGAAGAAAACUUUAAAAGCAUUGAAGUGCAGAGCUGCACGGCGAUAAAAUGAGGAUGCGUAUGGGAAGCUUAUGGGAAUGUUUGUAUAUUGUGCUACAGUUAAUGGAAGUAAAAUUAAUGUUAACUUCCCAAUUUACCUUUGCAAAAAUAGUUGUCAUAUGCUGCAGGAGCAAAUGAUUUACAAUAAAAAAGAAACCCUGGACUCCUUUCAUAUUGCCACUUCUUUAUUCAUGAAUGAGGAAGACCGAACUGAAAUAAGGUCAGUGUAUGCUAGUAACAAAUGGGUUCAUAUGGACUUCUAUAGAUUCUGUUUUUAUCAGUUUUGUAUGAAUUUGAAUAAGCUUUUGAUGGAAGCACUCAAGCCGUGGAUAUAUUUUGCUAAGGUUAGUUAGCACAAGCAUUUGAGAAAGGGAAACAUAAUAUAUUUCAUUACUUAGGACAGAAAAUUGUGUUAGGUUUUUUGUAUGAGCUUUAAAGGAGAAGUAGACGAAUGUCUUAAGUUUGAAUUGCUUUUUUUUUUUUUAAAGGAGGCUAUAUAUACUUCUGGGGCAAAUAGGGUAGACUGUAGCAGUGAGUUAAUGAAAAGCUGCUCACCAUUCAGCAGUUGCUUCUAGUUGGGAUGUUAUUGGUAUAACAACUAAAAAACAAUAAUUCUCAUUGUGUGAGACUCUAAAGGUGCUAAGCCCUUGUACAGUAGUCAGUAUUUUGGGAACAAAGUAGAUGGGAGAGAAGCCAAGAAUUUUGUCACCUUGAUGUUACGGUCAUCUUGUUGGAAUCUUACUGGCUUCAGAGUUUCUUUAAAUCUGGGCAGUCUGGAGGAAAGUUGUUUUAUACUCUGAUCUGCUGCUCUGACUCUGCUGUGAAGAGGCCUAACUCCAGACCUUGAGGAAUGGGCCCUUUGUGUUCAGAGUGAAAAGAUAUGGGGUCUUAAAUAGCUGUCCUCUCAUGAGCUGCAGGCUGCUGCAAUUUGGGACUGAUCUAUGAAUGGAAUUGCUUCUAGGAAUGAGAAUUCCUAGUUGCUUCACUUAAAACAGUUUAUUUGCAUGAAUUUAAACUCUGAUUUUGCCUUCAUGGUAUGGCUCCACAUGAUUGGAGGCUGACUGCAGUCACUAGUACUAGUUUUGCUAUUAACUUGGUUCUUCUGUAGGUCUUUGCAUUCUGAGGCACGUGGUAAGACUUGUGAAACUAGCAGCUGUCUCUUUCUCAGGAAACCUUAUGUGAGUUGCCUCAGCAUCCUGUAACUUUUUCAAUUAAAAAAAAAAUACUGUUAC